UUUGGAAUUCAUUUCCUGUCGAGCAGCUCUCACAGUGAGGAGGACACAAGGAGUCAUGGCCAAGUUUGAAGCUUUCCUCCGGAGCAUGGAGAAGACGCAGCAGUGACUCCAACUUCUUCCACUGGAAUACUGACUCCACGACUCCUGCUCCAGGAGGAGAAACAGGACUGACUCCAGAUUCUUCCACUGGAAUACUGACCCCAGAACUCCUUCAAUAGAAGGAGAAGACACAGCGCUGACUCCUGCUUCUCUUGUAGGAAUGCUGAAUCCAUGACUCCUGCUCCAGGAGGAGAAACAGGACUGACUCCUGCUUCUCCUGCUGGAAUAUUGAAUUCUGUAGUCCUGCUGUAGGAGAAGGACGCCUGGCAUGGCCGAGCCACUGCUGAGAAGAACCUUCUCCAGACUGAGGGGCAGAGACCAGGGCCGCAGAAAGACAGACCCCAAACUAAGCGAGACUCCAGUCAGCUCUGCCGCCCUUCAGACGUCUUCAUCAGCAUCAUCGUUGACGAUAACAUCCAGCACUGUAACCACAGCCCACCAUGUCCCCACCUCACCUCCUCGAAAUCAUAUAACAGUUGCUAAGAAACAGCAAUGGGCGCGACAGGGCGUUUCAGCUCCGCCUUCCUCUCUGAGCUCCACCCACACGACCUCUGACCAGUGGUCAUCGUGGAUAUUCCAGCAUGAAUCUAAGAUGGCCUGGAAUGACAGUCUGGUGCAGGAGAAGAAACAUUCGUAUCCUGACACAAUGUCAAUUCAGGAUACAUGCAGCACAAACUGUUUUCCUGUCACCACCACACAGCAGGAAGACUCUGAGUCUGCAGGGGGCGCCACUGAUAUUUCUUCCCCCAGCAUCAGCGCCAAGCUGUCGGGUAAGCGAGCAUACCUCCAGAGCCUGGAGCGGAGUAGCCGAGCAUGGGUGUUGUCUUCAGGAAAGUCCCAAGCUGCAGAUGAUGUAUGUGGUCCUCUGGAGGGUAACAGCAACAAUAUCUGGUACAACCCUAUUCCUGAAGAGGAGGAUGGAGGAGGUCCAACCAGGAGGGAGGAGGUAUGGAAAAGAAGAGAUGAAGAGCAGGAGGUUGCUGAUCUCAGAGGAGAAGGUUGUAGCAGUGACUGUCCACAGGAGGACACCAAUCUCAGUCACCACACUGAUGAAAUUAAGGAAGAAUUCCCAGACUCCCCUGCCUCAGACUCAAGCCCCACCUCCUUAAAAAAAGGGGGAGGUGCUGGUAGUGUAAUGGACAGGUUGAGGUCUCCUGGUACUGUUAGGAAACUGUCAUUGAAGAUGAAGAAACUUCCUGAACUCCGGCGAAAACUCAGCCUACGUUCAUCUUCCCGUACUCGCCAGGCCACCAGUAGCACAGGACAAGGGAAUGAUCCAACCAAUAAGAACACAGUCUCAUCCCCCAACCAGAAUGUCAUCAGCAGAUAUCAUCUGGACAGCUCCACCCCCCCAGCCCUUCCGCUGCGACGAUCAUCCAGACAACGUUCUGCCAGCAAAGGAGGAUACCUUAGUGACGGUGAUUCACCUGAGCUGCUUCCUCGGCAACAGGUCACUGACCUCACAAACUUCCAGGAAGCUCCAUGUGAUGUUGGUUCAUUUCGACUGUACGUGGGCUCAGAUCCAUCACGAUGCAGCCAGCGGGUGACGGGAUUACUGACUGUCCACCUGCUGGGCCUGGAGGAAAUGAAGAACAGCAGAUUAGAGGACAGUAAAGAGAUCUUCUUGGCCAUCCAGGUCGAUGGGGUGACAAGAGCCAGGACCGCCCUCUUGACCUUGAGAGGCCACGCCCUGCCGUUAAACCACACCUUCCAUCUGGACCUGGAGAGGGCCCAGCAGCUCCGGAUUGUAGUGUUAACACCAGCUCCUCUGUCAACAUUGGUUGGCGUUAAACCAGACCAGAAUCAUUCUUCCGGUGGUCCAAACCGAAAUCGGGUUUGUUGCCUGAGUGGGGUCUCCAUCCCGCCGAUCUUUAAAGGGAGUCGUAGUCAGCAGCUCUGCUUGAAGCUGGAGCCCAGAGGACUUCUUUAUGUCAAACUGACUCUGCAGGAAAAAUGGGACACACAGCAUGGAAGGGAUCCUGCAACACCUGCUAAUGUGUUUGGGGUUGAACUCCACCAUCUGGUGGAGAAGGAAGGAUCCACAUCUCCAGUUCCCCUGCUGAUCCAGAAAACAGUGGCAGAAAUAGAGAGACGAGGACUGAAGGUGGUGGGUCUGUACCGACUGUGUGGUUCCGCUGCCGUCAAGAAGGAGCUUAAAGACUGGUUCGAAAAGAACAGUUCAGCCGUGUGUCUGUCAGAAGACCUCUACCCUGACAUCAACGUAAUCACAGGUAUUCUGAAGGACUACCUUCGUGAGCUCCCAUCUCCUCUAAUCACUAGGACUCUGUACCAGGUGGUCCGGGAGGCCAUGACCCAGCGAUCCCUACCAGAGACCCCUGACCCAGAAGUAGCCCAGUGCACUGUUAAACUUCUAUCCUGUCUGCCAGAACCAGAGAAGGCCACACUCUCACUCCUGCUGGACCACCUCAGCCUGGUAGCCUCCUUCAGCUCCUUUAACAGGAUGACACACCAGAACCUGGCAGUCUGCUUUGGUCCGGUACUCCUCACGCCGGCGCAGGAGGCCUGUAGGGGUGGGGGAGAGAGAGGGGCAGGAAGGGCUGGAAGAGGAACAGGGAAAGCCUUUGGUUCUGGUGAGGAGAUGGCCAACGCGGUGGACUUCAAACGGCACAUUGAGGCCUUGCACUACCUGCUGCAGCUUUGGCCAGUGCCGACCCAUAGAGUCCUAGCAGACAACUCCUCCCCUCCAUCCUCCCCCACCCUUACCCAGCAGCUCCAGCUCCAGCCACACCUGCAGCACCACCCAAGCUUGAGGCUGACUCUCCUCCCCAAUGUGGAGGAGGAAGUGGUGGUGUCACGUCGAGGGCGCGGCGGACUGGCCCGGCUGGAGAAUCCACCACCCGUCAAUCGGUAUGCCGGAGACUGGACCAUCUGUGGGCAAAAUCUUCUCUCCGAGCACGAAGCCGACUACGACGAGGUGGCUGGAAGUGAGGGUGAAGGAGGCAGCAGAGAAGAAGAGGAGGAGCACAAGGAGGCCUGGUCAUCAGGAGCAGCAGGAGGAGGUCUGUUCGUAGACGAGUUCAUGGAUUUUGAUACACCAUUUAACUGUCGACUCAGUCUGAAGGACUUUGACACCCUGAUCCACGACUUGGACCGAGAGCUGGCAAAGCAGAUCAACAUCUGCUUGUAGGCGUGGUUGGGAAGGGCAGAAAAACCAGGAAAACUAGGGGGAGAGGAAGGUUGUUCAUCAACAAGUUUAUAAACUUCCAAAUCAGUGACCUAAACCAAUAGUUGGCUAAGCAGAUCUGCCUAUAGCGCUGGGGGCUGGAGGGCUUCAGCUUCACUUUGGCCGCAGUGACCAAAACUGAUCUGAUCUUUUAUGAGCAAAAACAAAUUAUUUUUCUAAAAAGGUAAAAGAGCUUUUUUAGUUCGAAACUUUUAUUGUGAACUGUUAAAGCCAUAAUUGUCCAUUGCUGCUUCAUGCAGAAAUCUGCCUCCAGGCGUCUCCAAGCCCCGCUGUUCCGAGCUCCCAAGCAGGCAAAGAAAUAUUUGGUUUCCCAAGCAAAUCCUGACCCAAACUCUAAACAUAGACCACAUUUAUGCAGAAAGUAAUUCCUUUACAAAGUGCUCUUAAGGGCCUGCAGCAAGAUAUUAUUGUGCUGAUGCCCCCUGCAGCACAGGGAGGGGAACUGAAGUGAAUUUUAGUCUCAGGUGUUUCUGAAGUGUUUCUGCCAUCUUGAGGACAGGUGUUCAGGUGUUAUUGGGGGCUGGGGGGAAACUGCAGGGCUUUCAGUGCUUGUCGGUACAGUUUUUAAUCACUGUGAGUUUGUUUCUUGUUUGUAUUUGAUGUCUCUGGCAGUAUUAUUUUAUUUUGCACACACUCAGUAAGCACUUGUUUUUUUAUAAUUAUGUUUUACAUAUAUGAUGUAACCAAAGAUUUAAAGCACAGCUGCCUCUUUGUUUAUUCCAAAAACAAAUAAUAAACACUGCUUUUAUUAUUA